CAUCCGUACCAGAAAAUAAUAGGAGGCCCUCCAAUUGCAAUGACUUGCAACCAGUGCUAGACAUAGGGAGUACACUCAUGGAUCCAGUCUUCUUGUUGUCAGAACAUUUGUGAGCAUUCAUACCACUUUUGGAGAGAUGGCAGGGCCUUUUUAGCGGUGGCUCCAAAGUGCCAGAAUAGAGGGAAUUUACCUUUUGUCUGAAGUAUUUGUCUGCUUUCUAUAAUAACACCAAUCUGCUUGGCAAGACCUGGAAUACUGAUAAUCAGAAGGAUUGAUGUCUUGGAUGGGUUGCUUCACUUUUAAUAAAUCAUUUGCCCAGCUGUGCAUUGGGGUUCUUUUUAGACAAAGUUGUUAAAUGAUUUCUCAUGAACUUCCUUGAGAGUGGGAGAGUUAGGCUUCAAGGGCUAUUGAGGGAGAAAGAAAAUACACGAUUGUACUUUGUAUGACUUAGUUCUUUAGCUUGCUAAGGCAAUGCAGGAAUUCUGGUUCUUACAAAAGAGAAUGAUUUAUAUAGAGUCUUAAUGGUGAGAAUGGAAAAACAGUUCAGCACCACCUGUGUUCCGGGCACUUAGUGUACAAAGAUGUGUUCUUUUUCUUCCCAAGGACAAACUAAGGUUGGAAAGCUAUUUGAAACAUGUUCUCUAAAGCCAGACAAGCCUCCUUUCUUUAGAUAUAACAAGUGGGAACAUGUAAAAGUUAAAAUUAGUACAUACAAAGGGCCCUGCUGAUCAAAGCAAAGCUCCUUCCAGUCCAGUGCUGGCUAAUCAGGUGCCCCUUAGCAACCCCCCAACCCUGUGACCAAGUGCAUUUUCAGAGAGUUGUUGAACACACCACGGUUUCUGAGUUCCCAAUGGCAUGGAGAGCAUUUGGAUGGCACAGUGGAGAGGAAGAAUUGGUCAGGUGAAAGUGGCUCUUCCUCACCUUCAUUUGUCUGAACCAUUUUAUGGGUUCUUCAGAAAGCCCACCUUACAGAAGAAUUUUAUAACGUGUAGCUGAUGCCAAGGCUAGCUUAAAAGCAUCCAAGAUGACGACGACAGUAGCAACAGACUAUGACAAUAUUGAAAUCCAACAGCAAUACAGUGACGUGAACAACCGCUGGGAUGUUGAUGAUUGGGACAAUGAGAACAGUUCCGCACGGCUCUUUGAGAGGUCUCGCAUUAAAGCCUUAGCAGAUGAACGAGAGGCAGUCCAGAAAAAGACAUUCACUAAGUGGGUUAAUUCUCACCUGGCACGUGUAUCCUGCAGAAUCACAGACUUGUACACCGACCUUCGCGAUGGGCGGAUGCUUAUCAAACUGUUGGAAGUUCUUUCUGGAGAAAGGCUUCCCAAGCCAACAAAGGGAAGGAUGCGCAUCCAUUGCUUGGAGAAUGUUGACAAAGCCCUGCAGUUUCUUAAAGAGCAGCGAGUGCAUCUUGAAAACAUGGGAUCCCAUGAUAUUGUGGAUGGAAAUCACAGACUAACCCUUGGCCUUAUUUGGACUAUAAUAUUACGAUUCCAGAUUCAGGAUAUCAGUGUCGAAACAGAAGACAACAAAGAGAAAAAAUCUGCUAAAGAUGCACUACUCCUCUGGUGCCAGAUGAAGACAGCUGGCUAUGCCAACGUCAACAUCCACAACUUCACCACCAGCUGGAGGGACGGCAUGGCUUUCAACGCACUAAUCCAUAAACACAGGCCCGAUCUUAUUGAUUUUGAUAAACUGAAGAAAUCAAAUGCACACUACAAUCUGCAGAAUGCUUUUAACUUGGCAGAACAACACCUCGGCCUUACUAAACUGCUGGAUCCAGAGGAUAUCAGUGUUGACCAUCCUGAUGAAAAGUCCAUUAUCACCUAUGUGGUGACCUAUUAUCACUACUUUUCAAAGAUGAAAGCCUUAGCUGUUGAAGGAAAGCGUAUCGGAAAGGUGCUUGACAAUGCAAUCGAGACAGAGAAGAUGAUAGAGAAAUACGAGUCGUUGGCUUCUGACCUUCUUGAGUGGAUUGAGCAAACCAUCAUCAUCUUGAACAACCGCAAAUUUGCCAACUCGUUAAUUGGUGUGCAGCAACAGCUACAGGCCUUCAACACCUACCGCACAGUGGAGAAACCACCCAAAUUCACAGAAAAAGGAAAUUUAGAAGUGCUGCUCUUCACCAUCCAAAGCAAAAUGAGGGCCAACAAUCAGAAAGUGUACAUGCCCAGGGAAGGGAAACUCAUCUCAGAUAUCAACAAGGCCUGGGAGAGACUGGAAAAAGCUGAGCAUGAAAGAGAACUGGCACUGCGUAAUGAGCUCAUCCGACAGGAGAAACUGGAACAACUUGCCCGUAGAUUCGACCGCAAGGCAGCUAUGAGGGAGACGUGGCUGAGCGAAAACCAGCGUCUGGUUUCACAGGACAACUUUGGGUUUGACCUCCCAGCUGUGGAGGCUGCCACAAAGAAGCACGAAGCCAUCGAGACAGACAUUGCAGCCUACGAAGAAAGAGUCCAGGCAGUAGUCGCUGUUGCCAGGGAGCUGGAGGCAGAGAACUACCAUGACAUAAAGCGCAUCACCGCAAGAAAAGACAAUGUGAUCCGCCUUUGGGAGUACCUUCUGGAGCUGCUCAGGGCACGCAGACAACGACUGGAGAUGAACCUUGGUCUGCAAAAGAUUUUCCAGGAAAUGCUGUACAUAAUGGACUGGAUGGAUGAGAUGAAGGUGUUGCUGCUGUCCCAAGACUACGGCAAACAUCUCCUGGGCGUAGAAGACCUCUUGCAGAAGCAUGCGCUUGUGGAGGCCGAUAUUGCCAUUCAGGCUGAGAGGGUGAGAGGGGUCAAUGCAUCAGCUCAGAAAUUCGCAACAGAUGGAGAAGGCUACAAGCCCUGUGAUCCACAAGUCAUCAGAGAUCGUGUGGCCCACAUGGAGUUCUGCUACCAGGAGCUUUGUCAGUUAUCGGCCGAACGCCGAGCUCGCUUGGAAGAGUCCCGGCGCCUUUGGAAGUUCUUCUGGGAAAUGGCUGAAGAGGAGGGAUGGAUAAGGGAAAAAGAACAGAUCUUGUCAUCAGAUGAUUAUGGGAAGGACUUAACCAGCAUUGUCCGGCUUCUUAGCAAGCAUAAGGCAUUUGAAGAUGAAAUGAGUGGCCGGAGCAGCCACUUCCAGCAGGCAAUCAAGGAAGGGGAAGAUAUGAUAGCUGAGGAUCACUUUGGAUCUGAGAAGAUCAGGGAGAGGAUUAUAGACAUCCAGAAUCAGUGGGCCAACCUAGAGCAGCUCUCUGCUAUCCGGAAGAAGAGGCUGGAAGAAGCUUCCCUCCUUCACCAAUUCCAAGCUGAUGCCGACGACAUCGAUGCGUGGAUGUUGGACAUCCUCAAAAUUGUCUCUAGUAGUGAUGUCGGCCAUGAUGAGUAUUCCACUCAGUCCUUGGUUAAGAAACACAAAGAUGUGGCAGAAGAGAUUGCAAGCUACAGGUCAAUCAUGGAUGCUCUGCACGAGCAAGCCAGAGCUUUGCCACAGGAACAUGCAGAGUCUGUUGAUGUGCAGAGCAGGUUGUCCGGAAUGGAAGAAAGGUACAAAGAGGUUGCGGAGCUCACACGGCUUCGCAAGCAGGCCCUGCAGGACACUUUGGCUCUGUACAAGAUGUUCAGUGAAGCGGAUGCCUGUGAGCUGUGGAUUGAUGAGAAGGAACAAUGGCUGAACAACAUGGAGAUCCCUGAGAAACUGGAAGACCUGGAAGUGAUCCAGCACAGAUUUGAAAGUUUAGAACCAGAAAUGAACAAUCAGGCAUCCCGUGUUGCAGUGGUUAACCAGAUUUCCAGGCAGCUGAUACACAAUGGUCAUCCAAAUGAAAAGGAGAUCAAGGCACAGCAAGAUAAGCUCAAUACGAGGUGGAGCCAGUUCCGAGAACUGGUGGACAUCAAGAAAGAUGCUCUUAUCUCAGCCCUUAGUAUCCAGAACUACCACCUUGAGUGCAAUGAAACCAAAUCUUGGAUCAGGGAGAAGACUAAAGUUAUUGAAUCCACCCAGGAGCUUGGCAAUGACCUGGCUGGCGUUAUUGCUCUUCAGAGGAAGCUGACUGGAAUGGAACGUGAUUUGGUUGCUAUUGAGGCCAAGCUAAGUGACCUCCAGAAAGAGGCUGAGAAGUUAGAAUCAGAACAUCCUGACCAAGCUCGGGCCAUCCUGUCCAGGCUUGCUGAAAUCAACGAUGUUUGGGAAGAAAUGAAGACGACCUUGAAGAACCGUGAAGAGUCACUUGGAGAGGCAAGCAAACUGCAGCAGUUCUUGCGUGACUUGGAUGACUUCCAGUCCUGGCUCUCUCGGACCCAGACAGCCAUUGCCUCAGAAGACAUGCCAAAUACACUGACGGAAGCUGAGAAGCUGCUCACGCAGCAUGAGAACAUCAAGAACGAAAUCAACAAUUAUGAGGAAGACUAUCAGAAGAUGAGGGAUAUGGGCGAGAUGGUGACACAAGGGCAGACAGAUGCUCAGUACAUGUUCUUACACCAGCGGCUGCAGGCUUUGGACACAGGAUGGAAUGAGCUUCACAAGAUGUGGGAAAAUCGGCAGAAUCUUCUCUCGCAGUCCCAUGCCUAUCAGCUCUUCCUCAGGGACACAAAGCAAGCAGAAGCAUUUCUUAACAACCAGGAAUAUGUUUUGGCGCAUACCGAAAUGCCCACCACUUUGGAAGGCGCAGAAGCAGCUAUCAGAAAACAGGAGGAUUUCAUGACCACCAUGGAUGCCAACGAGGAGAAGAUCAACGCUGUUGUGGAGACCGGGCGGAGGCUAGUGAGUGAUGGCAACAUCAACUCAGACAGAAUCCAAGAGAAAGUGGACUCCAUCGAUGACAGACAUAAGAGAAAUCGUGAAGUGGCCAGUGAGCUUCUAAUGAGAUUAAAAGAUAACAGAGAUCUUCAAAAGUUUCUUCAGGAUUGCCAGGAGCUCUCCCUCUGGAUUAAUGAGAAGAUGCUCACCGCGCAAGACAUGUCUUACGAUGAAGCAAGGAACCUGCACAGCAAGUGGCUGAAGCACCAGGCCUUCAUGGCAGAGCUCGGCUCCAACAAAGAAUGGCUCGACAAGAUUGAAAAGGAGGGGAUGCAGCUUAUUGCUGAGAAGCCCGAAACUGAGUCUGUCGUGAAAGAGAAGUUGACCAGCCUGCACCAAAUGUGGGAGCAGCUUGAAAGCACAACCCAGCUGAAGGCGCAACGGCUCUUCGAUGCCAACAAGGCUGAGCUGUUCACCCAGAGCUGUGCGGACCUGGAUAAGUGGCUGAAUGGGCUGGAGAGCCAGAUACAGUCGGACGACUACGGCAAGGACCUCACCAGCGUCAACAUUCUGCUGAAGAAGCAACAGAUGCUCGAGAACCAAAUGGAUGUUCGUAAGAAGGAGAUCGAGGAGCUGCAGAGUCAGGCCCAGGCCCUGAGCCAGGAGGGCAAGAGUACUGAUGAAGUUGAUGGCAAACGCCUCAUUGUGGAGAAGAAGUUCACGGAGCUGCUGGAACCACUGACUGAGAGGAAGGCCCACUUGUUGGCCUCCAAGGAGAUCCACCAGUUCAACCGGGAUGUGGAAGAUGAAAUUCUGUGGGUUGGAGAGAGGAUGCCUAUUGCCACAUCUACAGAUCAUGGUCACAACCUCCAGACGGUGCAGUUGUUAAUUAAGAAGAAUCAGACACUUCAGAAGGAAAUCCAGGGACACCAACCUCGUAUCGAUGACAUUUUCGAGAGGAGCCAAAACAUCGUGACAGACAGCAGCCUUAACGCCGAAGCGAUCCAGCAGCGGCUCACAGACCUGCGGCAGCUUUGGAACCUCCUGUUCGAGGAGACGGAGAAGCGCCACAAGCGCUUGGAGGAGUCCCACAAAGCCCAACAGUACUACUUCGAUGCUGCUGAGGCAGAAGCCUGGAUGAGUGAGCAGGAGCUCUACAUGAUGUCAGAAGAGAAGGCCAAGGAUGAACAAAGUGCUGUUUCCAUGUUGAAGAAACACCAGAUUUUGGAGCAGGCUGUAGAAGACUAUGCUGAGACGGUGCAUCAGUUAUCCAAGACCAGCAGGACUUUGGUGGCAGACAAUCAUCCGGAGAGUGAGCGUAUCAGCAUGAGGCAGUCCAAGGUGGACAAGCUGUAUGCAGGCCUGAAGGACCUGUCUGAGGAACGGAGGGGCAAGCUUGACGAGAGGCACCGGCUGUUCCAGCUGAACCGUGAAGUGGAUGACUUGGAGCAAUGGAUUGCCGAAAGGGAAGUAGUCGCUGGAUCCCACGAACUGGGGCAAGAUUAUGAACAUGUGACGAUGUUGCAAGAGCGGUUCCGUGAAUUUGCCCGAGACACCGGAAACAUUGGGCAGGAGCGUGUCGAUACCGUCAACCACAUGGCAGAUGAGCUCAUCAAUUCGGGACAUUCUGAUGCUGCCACCAUUGCUGAGUGGAAGGACGGUCUUAAUGAAGCCUGGGCUGACCUCUUGGAGCUCAUUGACACGAGAACGCAGAUCCUUGCAGCCUCUUAUGAACUGCAUAAAUUUUACCAUGAUGCCAAGGAGAUCUUUGGACGAAUACAGGACAAACACAAGAAACUGCCAGAGGAGCUUGGUAGAGAUCAAAACACAGUGGAAACCUUACAGAGGAUGCAUACAACAUUUGAGCACGACAUCCAGGCCUUAGGAACACAGGUGCGACAGCUACAAGAGGAUGCGGCCCGCCUUCAGUCCGCCUAUGCUGGAGACAAGGCCGAUGACAUCCAGAGGCGUGAAAAUGAAGUUUUGGAGGCGUGGAAGUCUUUGCUUGAUGCCUGUGAGGGACGCAGGGUCAGGCUAGUAGAUACUGGGGACAAAUUCCGUUUCUUCAGCAUGGUCCGCGAUCUCAUGCUCUGGAUGGAAGAUGUCAUUCGUCAGAUUGAAGCCCAAGAGAAGCCAAGAGAUGUUUCCUCUGUUGAAUUGCUGAUGAACAAUCACCAGGGGAUCAAAGCAGAAAUAGAUGCCCGUAAUGACAGCUUCACAGCGUGCAUUGAACUGGGAAAAGCAUUGCUGGCAAGGAAGCACUAUGCGUCAGAAGAGAUCAAGGAAAAGCUAUUGCAGUUGACAGAGAAGAGAAAAGAAAUGAUUGACAAAUGGGAAGACAGAUGGGAGUGGUUGAGACUGAUUCUGGAAGUACACCAGUUUUCAAGGGAUGCAAGUGUUGCUGAGGCCUGGCUACUAGGGCAGGAGCCGUACUUGUCAAGUCGUGAGAUAGGACAAAGUGUGGAUGAAGUGGAAAAACUCAUCAAGAGGCAUGAAGCGUUUGAGAAAUCUGCCGCGACUUGGGAUGAAAGAUUCGCAGCGCUUGAAAGACUUACUACGUUGGAAUUGUUGGAAGUACGUCGACAGCAAGAAGAAGAAGAGCGGAAGAGGCAGCCUCCUUCUCCGGAGCCAAGCCCCAAGACUGGAGAGGAGCCUCAGCAGUGGGAUGGCACAAAAGGAGAACAGGUCUCGCAGAACGGUUUGCCGCCGGACCAGGAAUCUCCCCGGAUGGGAGAAGGACGGGAAGCCAAUGAAAUGGUCAACGGAGCAGCAGAUCAGAGGACAAGUUCUAAAGAAACAAGUCCGGUUCCUUCACCAACUGCAGAUCGCAAAGCCAAGACAGGCCUCCAGGCCCAGACAGCUGCCACCCUCCCAGCCAAAACACAAGAGAUGCCUUCUGCUCAGAUGGAGGGCUUCUUGCAUCGCAAGCAUGAAUGGGAGUCCCACAGCAAGAAGGCCUCAAACAGAUCUUGGCAUAAUGUCUACUGUGUUAUUAACAACCAAGAGAUGGGCUUUUACAAAGAUGCAAAGGCUGCUUCCUCAGGCAUUCCCUACCACAGUGAGAUCCCUGUGAGUUUGAAAGAAGCAGUGUGUGAGGUGGCAGUUGAAUACAAGAAGAAGAAGCAUGUGUUUAAGCUAAGGUUAACUGAUGGCAAUGAGUAUCUCUUCCAAGCCAAAGAUGAUGAGGAAAUGAACACCUGGAUCCAGGCCAUCACCUCUGCGAUCUCCUCAGACAAAAUCGAAUUGUCCUCAAGCACACAGAGCACCCCAGCUACGAGCCGUGCCCAGACCCUUCCUGCCAGCGUGACAAUAACCAGCGAGUCCAGUCCCGGCAAGCGGGAAAAAGAGAAAGAGAAAGACAAAGAAAAGAGAUUCAGCCUUUUUGGGAAAAAGAAGUGAACUACCUGCUUUUCUGUACACGCUGCACUUCUCCAAUCGUUCCAGUGGAAUUCCGGCAUGCAAGCUCAGAACCAAUACAUUACUCUCCGUGCCUAAUGUUCCUCAAUGUGAUUUAAUUUUUUUUAUUUAUAGAGCAUUUUUAAAAAAAACACACAAAAUUCUAAAGCUACAAUUGUCUGAGGUGCAUUGGGCAACUUAGGAGUAAGAGAGAACACCUGGUUUCUUUUUUGUUUUCAUUAUUUUCCCUUUUUUCUCUUGGGUUGUUUUUUUUUUUUUUUUACGGAAUUUAAUGUAGAUUAGUUCUUACUAUUUAAACGGUUCCUCAAUUUUUUGAGGCUGUCUUGAAAAACAGUGCCCCACUUAGUGUUAUUGGUAUGCAAGGCAGCAGUGCUUAUAAAGUUAACAUGCCCACCAGAGACCAAUGUGCACAGUUUUAUUUUGUUUUUUUCACUUCCAUCUGAGUUGGUUGCACUGAGUCUUGACUACUCGAUUUUCCCCACUGCGAAUCUAACUUGUAAUAAAAUGGUAGCGUAUUCUCUUUACCAUAGUAGAGUGCAGCCCAACAUUACUUACAGACAAAAACCAUUUGCAUCCAGACAUCUGAAUAUUAUUAACAAGAUUGUGACUCUUUUUCCCUCCUGCAUCCGGCAGCGACAGUUAAGAAUGUUGGUAUGGACAAGAAGGACUUAGCAUACUGAUAACAGUUUUAAAUAAUCUGUAAUUUUGAUUUUUUUUUUUUUGCUGAAAUACAUUAUAUUGUAUGUUUCAGAUAAUUCUAGUAAAAAGUAUAAUAAGACUAGAUGUAUAAUAAAAAACCCUUUAAAAUCAUUGAUGACGUGUAAAAGUGGAACUGAAUCAUUUACUGGAAAAAAGUAAUGUUACUCCAAUGGUUAACAUGCUUGUCAGCUGCUGCACUGUGUUAUAAUUUUGCUACAUUACCUUUGCUCUUUGAUACAUAGUGUGCAUUUCUUUGUCACUGUAACUAUUGUAAUGAACAAUUUUCAUCUUACUGCACAAUCAAAAAAACAUUUAAUAGGAAUGAAUUCUCAAUGAUUGGGCCUGUAGUCAGGAUAGUACUGGGACUGGCUUUCGGUUGUACGGAACUGUACCUCUAAACUUUUACCCUAUCUGUUAAAUAUAUGCUAUGUCAUUAAAUGCUUUUAAAACUAA